ACUUCACAUAAAGUUUUUGGGACAAAACCUGAGUAAUGAUGCCUAGGUUCUCCCUUGAAAUAUAAGUAAGCAAUCAGAUGUAGUAGCCCACAAAUUGCUCUCUCUCUCUCUCUCUCUCUCUCUCUCUUCACUACCAGACACAAGACAUGGUUUUAAGUUAACAACGUAUGGAUAGUACUUUCACCCAACAAGAAGUGAGAGAGCAAACCCAACAACAUCAACAUCAGAAGAAGCAUUGUGGCCCUUUGGUGAGGCUCAGUAGAAGGUCCACUAAUCCUAACCCAUUUUCCAUUCUGGUGUUCUGGGUGUCUAAAUCUCUUAGAAGUUUGUGUUUCAGAGUUCAGCUCUCACAACAAGGGUUUUGCUUGAGGAGGAUUCAGUACCAUCAUGGCAUGGUGAUUAACACCCCUGUUCUCCAUGCUUCUUCUUCUUCUGAAGAAGAAGAAGAAGAAGGGAAAGCUUCUCAUGCUGCAAUGGAGGGUUUGAGUUUGGCUGAGAAGAGUACUGAGGCUGUUGAAGAAAGUAAUAAAGGAAUUGAAAAUGGUUCAAAGAGAGAAACUUUUGCUGAUUUGAUUGAAGAAAAGGGUCGUGAGAGCAGUUUCAGCUCUGAGUUUCUGUCAUCUGAGACCACUCAUGGCGAGCAUAGUAGGAGUAGCACUGAGGACUCAUCUUCAUCUCCUUCUGUGGGGUGGCCGGUUCAGGAAAUUGCUGCAUCUGAUUGUGCUAGUCCUCAUGGAAGUGAAGAUGGUGAGAAGAAGCACUUGGUUUUGGAGAAUAAGGAGUUUGAGAAACGAGUUUCAGCCUUGCCAGAGGUUGAGAUGAUGAAGGAGAGGUUUGCAAAAUUGUUACUUGGAGAAGAUAUGUCAGGUUGCGGAAAUGGGGUCACUACAGCCCUGGCUAUUUCAAAUGCCAUAACCAAUCUAUGUGCUACCCUCUUUGGGCAACUUUGGAGAUUAGAGCCCCUACGUUCAGAGAAGAAAGCAAUGUGGCGACGAGAAAUAGAGUGGUUUCUUUCUGUCAGUGAUCAUAUAGUUGAAUUGACACCUAAUUGGCAGACCUUUCCAGAUGGAAGCAAGCUUGAGGUCAUGACCUGUCGACCACGCUCAGAUCUUUAUGUCAAUCUUCCAGCUCUGCGCAAAUUAGAUAACAUGCUUCUUGAAAUUCUAGAUAGUUUUGUCAAUACAGAGUUCUGGUAUAUAGACCAAGGGGUUCUAGCUCCAGAUGCUGAUGGUCCAUCUUCUUUUCGACAAGCACUUCAGCGACAGGAGGAGAAAUGGUGGCUUCCUGUACCGCGAGUCCCUCCAUGUGGCCUAAAUGAAAACUCAAGGAAGCAGUUGCAGCACAAGCGUGAUUCCACAAACCAAAUAUUAAAGGCUGCAAUGGCCAUUAACAGCAUCACUUUAGCUGAAAUGGACAUCCCUGAGUCCUAUUUGGAAUCUCUUCCAAAGAAUGCUAGAGUAAGCUUGGGGGAUGUUAUUUAUCGUUAUAUCACAUCGGAUCAUUUCUCUCCUGAGUGCUUGCUAGCUUGCCUUGAUUUAUCUUCUGAGCAUCAAGCUAUAGAGAUUGCGAACCGAGCCGAGGCUUCCAUGUAUAUUUGGCGUAAAAGGACAAACUCCAAGCCUGCCAGUAUCAGUGCCAGGUCUAGUUCAAGAACAUCAUGGGAAAUGGUCAAGGAUCUGAUGGUUGAUGCAGACAAAAGGGAUUUGUUUGCAGAGAGAGCAGAAAGCCUUUUGCUUUCCUUGAAGCAGCGUUUUCCUGGUCUCCCUCAAACAGCCUUGGAUAUGAGCAAAAUCCAAUACAACAAGGAUAUUGGGAAAGCCAUUCUGGAGAGCUACUCUCGCGUGCUAGAGAGUUUGGCGUUUAACAUGGUAGCGCGAAUUGAUGAUGUGCUCUAUGUAGACGACUUGACCAAAAAUUCAGAUAAAAUCUCAUCUCUCUCAAAAGUUGGUGUAGUUACUCACAAGAGUAUAUCAGUUCCACACUCAGUGCCUAUCCCAGGCACUCCAUAUAAAUCGGCUUUCGGCACGCCAACCCUUUCUCCAGCACAUGGGAUUAGUAGUCCUGCCAAGCUAGGGAAGUCCCCACUCAUCAAUGACAGCAACCUUCCCCAAAGAGGGUCAGGGAUCAAGAAGUCUUUGACUGAUUUUCUUAGCAUUGAUCCAAAAGGGAAGGAAAGUGGCAGUUCAAUUGAGAAACAAGUUCCAGAAUCAAAUACACUUGAUGAAGUGACAACAUGUGAAACAGAUGUGGAGUCCAGUGAUUGCACAGAAGGUGGUGCCAGCCCAAGUAUCUUGGACCGGAAAUGGCACGUGUGAGGCUAUUGAUCUUUUAUAGUUGAGGCAUUUCUCCACCUGCCUUUCUUUUUUCUCAUCUUUGAGUCUUUGUAUCAUUGUAUGUAUAUGAAAUAUGUAGAAGGAUUCACAUAGUUAAGAAUGGAUAGUGCUUUUUGUUAUUUACUUGUGGUAGUAAUGUGAUGCCUCUAAGAGAGGUUAUUCUAUUUCUUCAUUCCCACUAACUCAGCUUCACUAAACCACUAUGAAGGAGAUACAUAAAGAAUAAAAGAUACAAAGUUGUGGUA